CCGCCCCGCGAGCUGGCGGCUCCGCGGCCGCUCACCGCCCGCUCGUGAGCCGCCGGGCCCGGCCAUGGAGCGGGGCGGAGGGGGCGGACACAGAGGCACUUCUCCUACCGGGUGAGGGAGCCGCGGACGCUGCCUCGGCGGGAACCCAGCCGGAGGGGCGACGGCCUGCACUGCAGAAGCAAGAUGGUGCUGAGCGCGGACCAGGUGAACCUCAUCGGGCAGGUGUUCGAGUCUUAUGUGCUGGAGCACCACAGGGAGGACAUCCUGGGCAUCCUGAGGGAGGCUGACGACGAGGCGCACUAUCCUGUCGUCGUUGACGCCAUGACGCUCUUUGAGGCCAACAUGGAGAUCGGGGAGUAUUUCAAUGCCUUCCCCAGGGAGGUGCUCCCGAUUUUCGACAGCGCGCUGCGUCGGGCUGCCCUGGCAGUGCUGCAGGCCACCGCGGCCUCUUCGCAGCUCAGCGUGAAGCAGAACCUCCAUGCAAGGGUCUCGGGUUUGCCUGUUUGCCCAGAGCUGACUCGAGAGCAUAUUCCUAAAACCAGGGAUGUGGGUCACUUCCUGUCUGUUACUGGGACUGUCAUACGUACCAGUUUGGUGAAAGUUUUGGAGUUUGAACGGAGUUAUAUUUGCAAUAAGUGCAAGCAUGUGUUUGUCAUCAAGGCUGACUUUGAACAGUACUACACAUUCUGUCGUCCAUCAGCCUGCCUGAAUGAAGAAGGCUGCAACUCAACCAAAUUCACGUGUCUCUCUGGAACAACCUCUUCUCCUAGCUGCUGCAGAGACUAUCAAGAAAUCAAAAUUCAGGAACAGGUUCAAAGACUGUCUGUUGGAAGCAUCCCUCGUUGCAUGGUGGUUGUUCUGGAAGAUGACUUAGUGGACAGUUGCAAGUCUGGAGAUGACAUCACAGUGUACGGAGUGGUAAUGCAGAGGUGGAAACCUUUCCGUGAGGAUGCACGCUGUGACUUGGAGCUUGUUUUGAAAGCUAACUAUGUUAAAGUAAACAAUGAGCAGCUAGCGGGGGUUGUCAUUGAUGAAGAAGUCCGCAAGGAAUUUGAAGACUUCUGGGAAAAGCAUAGGAAUGAUCCCUUAGCAGGGAGGAAUGAAAUUUUGGCUAGCUUAUGUCCUCAAGUUUUUGGAUUGUAUGUGGUGAAGUUGGCUGUAGCCAUGGUGCUUGCUGGUGGUGUGCAGAGGACUGAUGCUACUGGAACUCGAAUCAGAGGUGAAUCGCAUCUUUUGUUGGUUGGAGACCCAGGUACAGGGAAAUCUCAGUUUCUCAAGUAUGCAGUUAAGAUUAUGCCCCGCUCUGUGCUCACUGCAGGAAUUGGAUCGACAAGUGCAGGUUUGACAGUGACUGCUGUGAAGGACUUUGGGGAGUGGAACUUGGAAGCUGGAGCACUGGUGCUUGCAGAUGGAGGCUUGUGUUGCAUUGAUGAGUUCAAUAGUAUCAAAGAACAUGACAGAACCAGUAUCCAUGAAGCAAUGGAGCAACAAACCAUCAGUGUUGCAAAGGCAGGCUUGGUGUGCAAGCUUAAUACAAGGACAACUAUCCUGGCAGCAACAAACCCAAAAGGCCAUUAUGACCCUAAUGAGUCUGUCUCUGUCAACAUAGCUCUUGGCAGUCCGCUGUUGAGCAGAUUUGACCUGGUUUUGGUAUUGUUAGAUACAAAGAAUGAGGAAUGGGAUCGCAUCAUUUCAUCCUUCAUCUUGCAAAAUAAAGGUUGCCCAAGUAAAUCAGAAAAGCUCUGGAGCAUGGAGAAGAUGAAAACCUACUUCUGCCUUAUAAAAAGCAUUCAGCCAAAAUUGUCCGAUGAGAGCAACCUGAUCCUUGUACGCUACUAUCAAAUGCAGCGCCAGAGUGACUGCAGAAAUGCUGCCCGGACGACCAUCCGCUUGCUGGAGAGCCUGAUACGCCUCGCAGAAGCUCAUGCCCGGUUGAUGUUUAGGGACACUGUGACUUUGGAAGAUGCUAUAACUGUGGUAUCGGUGAUGGAAUCUUCUAUGCAGGGGGGUGCACUUCUUGGAGGCAUCAACGCCUUACACACCUCCUUUCCAGAGAAUCCGAUGGCACAGUACCGAACACAGUGUGAACUCAUAUUGGAGCGACUGGAGCUGCAAGAGCUUCUGCACAAAGAGCUACAAAGACUUGACAGAUUACAAAAGGAAAAUUCAUGCCAGCUGCAGCCUGAAGAAACAAGUUUCACUACUACUACAAGGUGCUUGAGCAAGGAUACAUUUGGGCAACCAAAGCAGAUGUCUCAGUCAGAACCUUCAAGUCAACAAGAGAAUAACUCUAGGCCACAGCCUUCUUUGCCUGAAAGCAACUACGAAGGGGAUACACAUCUAGAACCCUUGUGCAACCCAGCACAUGGUAAUAACAAAGAUGAGGAACAUUUGGUGAAACACAGUACAAGAGGUGAUGAUGUCAGCCUGGCAUGGUUUGACAGCCUGGAAGAGAGCAACACUGAUGCUGAAGAAAAUUUUCAUAAAAAGUCUCCAGUGCCCAAGAAAUCUCCAAGUAACUUGGCUUCAAAUACCCUUUCUAGAACAUCCUAUUCCAAAGAUAAAAAUGCUUCAAUACGGAGGAACGGAGAUGGAAUGAGAGAGUCACUAGCAACCGUGAAACUACAGGACAAAGUUUCCAAGAUCAGCAGGAAAAGGAUUGACAAACAAAACUGUUUUUCUUCAGAAGCAACUAUUCAAGACCCAGCAUCACCAAGUGCUUGUGUGCCAGAUUCAGUUAUUAUACAGAGGGUUUCUAAAAGCUGUCAGAGGCUGCACACGGAGAAAUCACAUGGAUUCCUUACAAGUACACAGGACCCCGAGGUAGAGGCCCUUCCUUCAGUGUUACCUGCGUCUGGCCUGACAGAUCUUUCAAGUGAUGCUGAUUCUGUGCUAGGAGAGGAAAAGAAUGGUAUGUCUGUAGCAGCAGAAACUGCAACAAUUACCAGGAGAAAACGAAGUAAAGGUCAAGUAGUGAAGGAAACAAAGGUCGAAAGUUCUGAUGAGCCAGAAAUCCUUGACAGGGAAAGUCCUCCAGCAGCUAAACUGGCUAAAUUUUCUUUCAGACGAAAGUCAAAGCUUGAUCACUCUUCAGAGAGGAAAAAUGAAGAUUUUUCUCUUUUGCAGAGUGAAACUAUUUUUAAGCCUGGAGAGCAGCUCCAGGGAGAGCAGCUGCCAGAAGAACGUUGCCCUCCUGGGAAAUGCAAGAUGACAUUGAGUCACACAAGAAAAGAUAGUUUGGAAAAACAAUCAAUUGAUAAUAAAGGGAGAGAAGAGCAACGGAGUCAGGCCUUAGAGAAAGAGAUCGGAGGAAAUGCAACAAUAGGCUCUGAUGUCAGUUUUGGUGCUGUGUCAUCUCCACCCACUGAAAAGAAGAGGGAGGGAGAGAGAAAGCUUGGCGGCCCGAGCACAGGGAAGGUGCGCUCCAGCACAUUAGCCAAACUGUCCGCAUUCUCCUUUGCCUCACAUUCUGAGUCAAAAUUAGAAACCUCUCCUCCCAUUAAGAUUAACACUAACAAGGAAAGCUAUAGCCCGGUGCCAAAGAUGCAUGUGAGCAAUCCUAGCAGAAGGAAGAGUUUUGCUUUGGGAAACGCUAGUAAAACCAGUGUGGUCACACAGAAAUCUCUCUUCUCAAUAGCGGAGCUAGAUGAUGCUACACUAGACUUCGACUGGGAUGAAGAGGUCAGGAAAAAUCCAAGAACGUGACGUGUAUCUUCCAAAUUACUUAAUGUGCAUUUCUUCUGAAUCUCCAUCCUUCUACCAAUUGUGUCUGUAGUUUACAAAGCAUUUUAAAUCAGUCAUCCUGGGCCUCUGUUGAUAGUGAUGAAUGUUGUUUCCUUAAGGACCGUAUGCUCUUAAGAACUAGGCUGAGGACUCCAUAUACUGCAGGCCUGAUGGGGCUUCUGGUUUUCUAAACUCUUGGCAAGACUACAUGUAUUAGUUGACCAUUUUGAUUUACCUUAUGUACCUCAAAGUCUUGUGUGGUUAAGUUCAUAUCUACAGGUCUUGCAGAAGAGCAGUCCUGGCUGACCGUCAUCCUCUAUGUUGUGUAACAGCUAGAGCCCUGUGUGAUUUGGAUUGUCCUUCCAAACGACUGUGCUGCUUGAGAAAAAUGAUGAUGCUAAAGCUAUGUCAUUAUCUUCUGUUCGUCUGUAUAUGCUGUUUGUCUCAGCAUAGUUAGCAAUAUUGUCAUCUGUCAUCAUGCUAUGGUAAGUAUGUUUGUAUUAUCAAAAUCAUGACAGCUUUGCUGCAUCUCUGGUCACUGUGCUCCUUGUCACACUGCUGGCGUUGAAGACAUGGAUCGAGAGCUUUUUGUUUAUGGUUGUGGUUGUUGUGGUUUUUUUUAAUAUCAAUUUAAAAUACACUGGUUGAGGUAUCUCUGUCUG